AUGAAAAUGGACUCGGACUUGCUCCACUCGCCGGCCGUGGGCCUCGCUGAGGAAGAGGAGGCUGACAUGAACGACUGGAAGCUUCCGCUGGCCUUCAUGAAGAAAAGACACUUGGAGAAGAUUGAGGGCUCCAAGGCGUUAGCGCAGAGCUGGAGGAUGAAGGACAGGAUGAAGACUGUGAGUGUGGCGCUGGUGCUGUGUCUGAAUGUUGGAGUGGACCCUCCUGAUGUGGUCAAGACGUCCCCCUGUGCCCGGCUGGAGUGCUGGAUAGAUCCUCUGUCGAUGAGUCCACAGAAAGCCCUGGAGACCAUCGGAGCAAAUCUACAGAAGCAGUAUGAGAACUGGCAGCCCAGGGCUCGCUACAAGCAGAGUCUGGACCCUACAGUGGACGAAGUGAAGAAACUGUGCACGUCGCUGAGACGCAACGCUAAGGAGGAGCGGGUUCUCUUCCACUACAACGGCCACGGGGUGCCACGACCCACCGUCAACGGAGAAAUCUGGGUUUUUAACAAGAACUACACCCAGUACAUCCCACUGUCCAUCUACGACCUGCAGACGUGGAUGGGGAGCCCGUCCAUUUUCGUUUACGACUGCUCCAACGCUGGAAUCAUCGUCAAGUCAUUCAAACAGUUCGCCCUGCAGAGGGAGCAGGAGCUGGAGGUUGCUGCCAUCAAUCCCAGCCACCCCCUUGCUCAGAUGCCGCUCCCCCCUUCCAUGAAGAACUGCAUCCAGCUGGCUGCCUGUGAGGCCAACGAGCUGCUGCCCAUGAACCCCGACCUCCCCGCCGACCUCUUCACCUCCUGCCUCACCACGCCCAUCAAGAUUGCUCUCCGAUGGUUCUGCAUGCAGAAGAGCGCCAAGCUGGUGCCGGGGGUGACGUUGGACCUCAUUGAGAAGAUCCCUGGCAGGCUCAACGACAGACGCACGCCGCUCGGAGAGCUCAACUGGAUCUUCACCGCCAUCACCGACACGAUCGCCUGGAACGUGUUGCCCAGAGAUCUGUUCCAGAAGCUGUUUCGUCAGGACUUGCUGGUGGCCAGCUUGUUCCGAAACUUCCUGCUAGCAGAGAGGAUAAUGAGGUCGUACAACUGUACUCCAGUCAGCAGCCCUCGUCUGCCCCCCACCUACAUGCACGCCAUGUGGCAGGCCUGGGACUUGGCCGUGGACAUCUGCCUCUCUCAGCUGCCCACCAUCAUCGAAGAGGGCACCGCCUUCAGACACAGUCCGUUCUUUGCUGAGCAGCUGACAGCGUUUCAGGUGUGGCUGACAAUGGGUGUGGAGAACAGAAACCCCCCUGAGCAGCUCCCCAUAGUGCUGCAGGUCCUCCUGAGUCAGGUGCAUCGGCUGCGAGCUCUGGACCUGCUCGGACGGUUUUUGGAUUUGGGACCCUGGGCCGUCAGUCUGGCCUUAUCUGUGGGGAUUUUCCCGUACGUGCUGAAGCUGCUCCAGAGUUCAGCCAGAGAGCUGCGACCGCUGCUGGUCUUCAUUUGGGCCAAAAUCCUGGCUGUGGACAGCUCGUGUCAAGCUGACUUGGUCAAAGACAACGGGCACAAGUACUUCCUGUCUGUGUUAGCCGACAGCUACAUGCCUGCUGAACAUCGGACGAUGGCCGUCUUCAUUUUAGCCGUUAUCGUCAACAGCUACAACACAGGCCAGGAGGCCUGUCUGCAGGGGAACCUGAUAGCCAACUGCCUGGAGCAGCUGUCUGACCCCCACCCUCUGCUCCGCCAGUGGGUGGCCAUUUGCCUGGGUCGCAUCUGGCAGAACUUCGAGCCGGCGCGCUGGUGUGGAGUCCGGGACAGCGCGCACGAGAAGCUGUACACGCUGCUGUCGGACCCCAUCCCUGAGGUGAGGUGUGCAGCCGUCUUUGCUCUGGGAACGUUUGUUGGGAACUCAGCUGAGCGGACGGACCACUCCACCACCAUCGACCACAACGUGGCCAUGAUGCUGGCACAACUCAUCAACGACGGCAGUCCGGUGGUCCGCAAGGAGCUGGUGGUGGCGCUCAGUCACCUGGUGGUUCAGUACGAGAGCAACUUCUGCACCGUGGCCCUUCAGUUCAUAGAAGAAGAGAAGAACUACGCCGUGCCGUCUCCGGCCACCAUCGCAGAGCCCGGUAACCUGACUCCGGUGAGAGACAGCCCGGCCAUCCCUCGCCUGCGAUCCGUCAACUCCUACACCAACAUCCGAGCCGUCACCACGGCCCGCAACCUGAACAAAAGCCUGCAGAACCUCAACGUCAACGAGGAAGGUGCACCAGCAGCCUUCUCUCCUGGAAACCUGAGCACCAGCAGCAGCGCCAGCAGCACGCUGGGGAGUCCCGACAACGACGAGUACAUCCUGUCCUUCGAAACCAUCGACAAGAUGCGCCGGGUCUCCUCGUACUCCUCGCUCAACUCCCUUAUAGGCGUGUCCUUUAACAGCGUUUACACUCAGAUCUGGAGAGUUCUGCUGCAUCUGGCUGCGGACCCGUUCCCAGAAGUUUCCGACCUGGCCAUGAAGGUCCUCAACAGCAUCGCAUACAAGGCGACGAUGAACGCCAGACCUCAGAGAAUCUUGGACUCGGGGUCGCUCACGCAGUCGGCGCCGGCCAGCCCCACCAGUAAGGGCACGCACAUCCACCAGGCGGGUGGCUCGCCCCCCAUGCCCAGUACCAGCAGCUCCAGUCUGACCAACGAAGUCCCCAAACCUCCCACCAGAGAGCAGACGCCAUCCCGACCCCCCUACACCCCGACGCUGGGGGGACAGGCGCCGCACUCGCACCAGUUCCCCCGAACCCGCAAGAUGUUUGACAAGGGCCCGGAGCAGGCAGCUGAAGACGGCGAGGAGUCGGCGGGUCACAGGAACUACAUCAGCCCCGCCCUGCAGACGGGUCUGUGUGACUGGAGCGCCAAGUAUUUCGCUCAGCCGGUCAUGAAGAUCCCAGAGGAGCACGACUCGGAGAGUCAGGUGAGGAUGGAGCGUCAGUGGAGGUUCCUGAGGAACAAUCGAGUGAGAAAACUGAGUCGAGUUAUCACACAAAAAGGUAUUUCUCGACUGGACGAUCAGAUUUUCAUCAACCGUAACCCCGGUGUACCGUCUGUGGUGAAGUUUCACCCCUUCAAUACCUGCAUCGCUGUGGCCGACAAGGACAGCAUCUGUUUCUGGGACUGGGAGAAGGGCGAGAGGCUAGACUACUUCUACAACGGAAACCCUCGUUACACUCGCAUCACGGCCAUGGAGUACCUGAAUGGACACGACUGUUCGUUACUCCUCACUGCAACAGACGACGGAGCGCUGCGCGUCUGGAAGAACUUUGCCGACCAGAAGAACCCGGAGAUGGUGACGGCGUGGCAGGGCCUCUCCGACAUGUUGCCAACCACCAGAGGUCAGGCCUCCACCAGCACCCACAGUCUGGCCAGAAGGGUUUCCAUCUAUCUUGACAGGAGCAAGCAAGGAGGAGCUGGGAUGGUCGUGGACUGGGAGCAGGAGACAGGCCUCCUCAUGACGUCUGGAGACGUUCGGAUCAUCCGGAUCUGGGACACUGACCGAGAAAUGAAGGUCCAGGACAUCCCGACUGGAGCGGACAGCUGCGUGACAAGCCUCUCCUGCGACUCUCAGCGCUCGCUCAUCGUGGCCGGUCUGGGGGACGGAUCCGUUCGGGUCUUUGACCGCAGGAUGGGCCCCAACGAAUGCCGGGUGAUGACCUACAGGGAGCACGGAGCCUGGGUGGUUAAAGCUCACCUGCAGAAAGAAACGGACGGGAACAUCAUCAGCGUCAGCGUCAACGGAGACGUUCGGUUCUUCGAGCCUCGAGCGCCGGACUCCAUCAACGUCCUGCAGACCGUGAAGGGCUUAACGGCUUUGGACAUCCACCCUCAGGCCAACCUGCUCGCCUGCGGGUCGAUGAACCAGUUCAUAGCCGUCUACAACACUAACGGCGACGUGAUCAGCAACAUCAAAUACUACGACGGCUUCAUGGGACAAAGAAUCGGAGCCAUCAGCUGUUUAGCCUUCCAUCCUUACUGGCCCCACCUGGCGGUCGGCAGCAACGACUUCUACAUGUCCAUCUACUCAGCAGAGAAGAGGCUCAGAUAACAUACCAGCUCCCCCCACCCACUAAAGGACAUUUCUCUUGUACAGAUCCAGCCCCCCACCCCCUUGAAUGUUUCAGAGAUGGCUGCUGACAAAAACUCGUGCUAAGAAUGACUCUAUACGAACAUAUAAAUAUCUAUAUUAGUAUUAUUGUUUAUUCUUCUGAAGCUAAUGAUUGUCGACUUGGCUGCGCUGGAGUCUGUGUAUUUAAAGAGCAGAAGAAGAACGGGAUCUGUUUUAGUGAACGCAGCGAUCGGGGCGGCUGCACGGCGAGCAUCACUACCUGAAUGAACUUUGACCUCACCUGUGCGUGGACAGAGGUGUUCACGCUGGACCUGUCCGCAGCGCCACCUCAGACGUUUCUGCCUGGAAGGACCCGACGUUGUCGUCUGGCAGACGGGAUGAAGGAUUAUUUUCCUGCAGACCCCGCACCUGCUCCUAAACUGCAGACCUCCUCCGACCCCCACGUGCCAAACGUACUCCUC